AUGAAUUUCCUAUACUUUCUUUCGUUGCUUUCAUUAGCUUUGGCCUUUGACUUCCCAGACUUUUUGAAAAGAGCAGACACUACCACUUCCAAUACCGUCGUGUAUGUCACCCUCACCACGGGCGGUAAAGUCAUCACCACAUCCACCGCCUACUCCCAAUCAUUCAUGACCACUUACUCGGACACGACUGCCUCGGUGCCUGCUGGAAGCGCUGGCAUGGGUCUGCAAACUGGAGAGGUUGGAAACGUUAGAUCUUACGAGCAGACCACGAUAAGUAACAACGGGCAGGCUGGCGCCUAUGCUGGAUUUAUCGGCUGGGCCGCUAUUGCCUUGGGCUUCCUUCUUUAA